CCUCGCCAUAAAAACCAUUUCUGUUUGAAGAAAGCAAAUCGGAAACUCGAAGACAUUUGUCUGCGACGAUGGCGCCUGAACCCGAUGAGGAGCUCAAGGACGAGAAGAACCCCCGCCCUCUCGAUGAAGACGACAUUGCCCUCCUCAAGACCUACGGUCUGGGGCCUUACUCCACGAGCAUAAAGAAAGUCGAAAAGGAGAUAAAGGAAAUGGCUAAGAAAGUCAAUGACCUGUGUGGUAUCAAGGAGUCUGACACUGGUUUAGCCGCACCUAGCCAGUGGGAUCUCGUCUCUGAUAAGCAAAUGAUGCAGGAAGAGCAACCUCUUCAGGUGGCAAGAUGCACUAAAAUAAUCAAUCCAAAUACAGAGGAUGCCAAAUAUGUCAUUAAUGUCAAGCAAAUCGCUAAGUUUGUUGUUGGACUUGGAGAAAAGGUAUCGCCAACUGAUAUCGAAGAGGGCAUGCGUGUCGGUGUAGACCGAAACAAGUAUCAGAUCCAGAUUCCAUUGCCGCCAAAAAUUGACCCGAGUGUGACUAUGAUGACUGUGGAGGAGAAGCCAGAUGUGACCUAUAACGAUGUUGGGGGAUGCAAGGAGCAGAUAGAGAGGAUGCGUGAAGUUGUUGAGUUGCCCAUGCUUCACCCAGAAAAAUUUGUGAAACUUGGAAUUGAUCCUCCUAAGGGUGUCCUCUUGUAUGGCCCACCAGGAACCGGCAAAACACUUCUGGCAAGAGCUGUGGCAAAUAGAACAGAUGCAUGUUUCAUUCGUGUUAUCGGCAGUGAACUUGUUCAGAAGUAUGUUGGUGAGGGAGCCAGGAUGGUACGGGAACUAUUUCAGAUGGCACGUUCUAAGAAGGCCUGUAUUGUGUUUUUUGACGAAGUUGAUGCAAUUGGCGGUGCACGUUUUGAUGAUGGUGUUGGUGGGGAUAAUGAGGUUCAGCGCACUAUGCUUGAGAUAGUUAAUCAGCUUGAUGGUUUUGAUGCUCGUGGAAACAUUAAAGUUCUCAUGGCCACAAAUAGGCCAGACACCUUAGAUCCCGCAUUAUUGCGUCCUGGUCGUUUGGAUCGUAAGGUUGAAUUUGGUCUUCCUGACCUUGAGAGUAGGACACAGAUAUUCAAGAUUCACACAAGGACUAUGAACUGUGAGAGGGACAUUCGGUUCGAACUUCUUGCCCGGCUUUGUCCCAAUUCUACCGGUGCCGACAUACGGAGCGUGUGCACGGAAGCAGGAAUGUAUGCUAUUAGAGCAAGAAGGAAGACGGUGACGGAGAAGGACUUCCUUGACGCCGUGAACAAAGUCAUCAAAGGAUACCAGAAAUUCAGUGCCACACCAAAGUACAUGGUCUACAACUGAUGAGUCGGUACGAGCCUCCUGUAUAACUGGUUAAUCAUACGUACGAGCCUCCUUUGUUCUUUAAGAUGCUCUGAAAGGUUUCUCUCAGGCAAAUGCUGUCCUGGGACAGCAAAUUUUAUGUAUUACGGCUUCUUGUAUGAUGAAAGUCGGUGCACCAUUUCACCACAUCUUGAAAUAUUUGGUGGCGCGUUGCUUUCAGUGCACUUUCGUACCAGGGCCCGUUGCAUUAGUUGUGCCUUAGCAUCUCAGUUUUCAUGCUUUGUUUGCUCUUCCUGGCUGGAUUUUUAAACAGGAGAUACGUUUGAUGCCUUAGCCAAAA